AUGAAGGAAAAAUCAUGGGUUUGCACUCUUGUCACUCAGAUCUCUCUCUGCAUUGCAGCUUAUAUUGCUCUCAGUAUAGGCCAGCCCCAGAAGCUUUCUAAUGGGGAAGUCUCUAGUAAAGGCCGUUUGAUUGAUGUAUAUUUUAUAAGCGUUGAUGGAGGGUUUAGGCCUCUUGAGGAGCAGACCCUUUUGCUUCAACAGAUGGCAAAAGGUCGGAGGACCUACAAGGCGCGUUUUGUAAUUGAUGUUAGCGAACUUGGGGAAUCUAGUCCACUUCUACAGAAUGCAACAAUGUUUCCUGAAUUUCCAAACAUUCCCUGGUACACCUCUGGGUCGUUCAGCGGACAAAAUGGAACAUAUUUCUUGAAGAAAAUUGAGAUUCCUUAUGGAACCUUAGAUAUUAUUGCGUUGGAUGCCGUCCUAUUCCAGGAUCACUCCAGUGUACGUGCAAGUGAUCAGAUUCAGUGGUUGACAAGGAUUCUAAAAGAAAGCGACAGUGAGUGGAAAGUUGUCUUUGGUGAAUGCAAUAUCUUGAAAAUGGAAAAUGGGAGUCCUUUUGAGCCUUUAUGGAGCAUAUUGCUUCAAUAUGGAGUGGAUGCAUAUAUUAGCACGAAAAGUUGCGCCGAUCAAGCGCAAGGGGGUGGAAUGUGGUCGUCUAGUGUUAGUUCAAUGGACAGAGGUCCUUAUUUUACCGCUGUAAAUCAGAAUUUCGUUUUUAAAGAGGAUAAAGCAGAUGGCUUUUUUCUCCAUCGAGUCAGCUCACUAGAGAUGGACACAUUUUCUGUUAGGUUAACCGGAGAAAUUGAACACGAGUUGUCAGUUAAUAAUAGGGGUCGGGCAGCCAUGUAG